AUGCAGCCCUUCCUCCUCAUCGGUCUGUCGCUUCUCGCCCUCUGGCUAGUCAAGCAGUAUGUCGCGUGGCGGAGAAUUAUCAGUUCCGUGUACAACUAUCCUGGGCUUCGAGUCAUCUUUGGGCCCGAGUCUUUCGUCUUUCCGUUCCGCAUCCCUUACCUCGCAAUGGGCGGGAUGAGUCUUUGGACGCACAAGCACAAGGACUUUGACACCUAUAACGCCGAUAUCAUCUCUUCUGUCAAUUUCUGGCCAACGCCUAAAUGCACGCACUUUCUGGCCGAUGCCGAGGCUAUCAAGGAAAUUACUAGUGCCAGACAUCGCUUUCCCAAGCCAUUGCAACAGUACAAAGUCCUCACAUUCUAUGGUAGUAACAUUGUCGUAACCGAAGCCGACGAAUGGAAGCGCCACAGGAAAAUUAGCGCGCCAUCCUUCUCUGAGCGAAACAACAGGCUGGUUUGGGAUGAGAGCGUCCGUGUCGUCGAAGAACUUUGCCAUGACGUCUGGAGUGGAAAGGACGUGAUUGAGCUUGACAACAUUGUGGACCUUACAGUACCGGUGGGGCAUCUAAUUUCAUCUCACAGUGACGACUUUUCUGAAGUUCUGCAUGCAAAGAUGGCUCUUUUCAUCAUCGGCGUAGCUGGGUUUGGACGUCGCAUGUCCUGGAAGGAAGAGGGAACUAUCCCUUCUGGACGCUCGAUGACAUUCAAGGACGCGCUACACAUUGUGUCAGGAAAUCUAGCUCUCAAGGUUGUAUUCCCCACAUGGUUGCUCAAGAUAGCUCCCUUCAAGAUCGCGCGCAAGUUCAAUGCCGCUUAUAUUGAUUUGGAGCAAUACAUGAUCCAGAUGGUCCAGGAGCGCAAGAUUGCUGAGAAGAAGGAAGAGCGAUAUGAUCUUUUCAGCAGCUUGCUCGAUGCGAACGACGUCGAGUCUGACGGAACUGCAAAACUCAGCAACAGUGAGGUUAUAGGCAAUAUUUUCGUUUUCCUCAUUGCUGGACAUGAGACAACAGCGCAUACCCUUGCAUAUACAUUUAUCUUGCUUGCUUUGUAUCAAGAUGAACAAGAAACAUUGUAUCAACAUAUCAAGAAUGUUAUACCCGAUGGUCACGUUGCAUCAUACGAAGACAUGGGAAAAUUAAGCUACUGUCUGGCCGUGUUCUACGAGACACUGCGAUUGUUCCCCCCGGUGAACGGUAUCCCUAAAUCCUCUGGGGAAGACACAACCUUGCGCACUCGCAACAUGGCUGGCGAGUCGAUCUCGGUGCCGUGCCCUGCAGGCACAUAUCUCACCAUCCACACACCUGCGUUGCACUACAACCCCCGGUACUGGGAAGACCCGUACGCAUUCAAGCCCGCACGCUUCAUGGGCGACUGGCCCCGGGACGCAUUCCUGCCAUUCAGCGGUGGCCUGCGAUCGUGUCUUGGACGGAGAUUCUCUGAAACCGAGGCUGUAGCAAUCCUUGCGUACAUGAUCGCGCGUUUCCGGGUCGACGUUAAGGACGAGCCGCAAUUUGCCAAGGAGACGUUCGAGCAGCGCAAGGAGCGGCUGCUGAAGUCGAUGUCCGCAAUUACGCUCUAUCCCGUCAGAGCGCCUCUCGUAUUCAAGAGGCGAUAG